AUGCAGGGCCGCCUUAGGCAGGCAGAAUAUAGGGAUGAUUCUGGGAUCGACGUCGAAAACCUAGCGGGAGCGAGGCCAGGCAGAAGGGCGGAAGUGUUAGGGGAGGUACCGCGAACCAGACAUGUUGCCAAUAAUGCUCUUCUCCUGGGCCGCGCCGAACACUCUUGCAACAUCUCCUUGCUUGGGUCUCGAUUCCCUGACAAACACUGCGCGGAUCGAACAUCUAGAAAUCCGGGCCGCCUAUCUGCAUGUGCUGGCCAGGGAUACACUGGCUCUCCGCUCUGCCGAUCCAACACGAAACCUCCUACCAGCCUUGUCCGGCCCUCGCCCUCCUCCGAAAAGCUCAAACUUGGGGUGUCUAUCUAUAUUCUACGGAAUAUUCCUUCCUUCAUUUAUUGCCGGGAUGAAUGGCUGGUGACAGAAUCACAGCAAAAAACCCUUUAUGUUCCAGAUCUACAAACAUGUUCGAGGUCAAUAUACUCUGUUCUCGAAUGGGAGAUGGAGUCCGUGGUUGCACUUCAAUUUUAUAUUAUGCCUUCAAAAUCUUAG